AUGGCUGAAAAGAGGGAGGUAGAUUGGAGUAUCACCACCACCACUCAAGAAAUGGCGGCCGAGACUUUCCUCUUCACCUCUGAGUCUGUGAACGAGGGCCACCCUGACAAGCUCUGCGACCAGGUCUCUGACGCUGUGCUUGACGCGUGCCUCGCCCAAGACGCUGACAGCAAGGUUGCCUGUGAGACAUGCACCAAGACCAACAUGGUCAUGGUUUUUGGUGAGAUCACCACCAAGGCCACUGUUGACUAUGAGAAGAUUGUGCGUGACACCUGCCGCAACAUUGGCUUCAUCUCUGAUGAUGUUGGCCUUGAUGCUGACCGGUGCAAGGUGCUUGUCAACAUAGAGCAGCAGUCUCCUGACAUUGCCCAGGGUGUGCACGGACAUUUCACCAAGCGCCCUGAGGAUAUUGGUGCUGGUGACCAGGGUAUCAUGUUUGGCUAUGCCACCGAUGAGACCCCUGAGCUCAUGCCCCUCAGCCAUGUGCUUGCCACCAAGCUGGGUGCCCGCCUCACUGAAGUCCGCAAGAAUGGCACUUGUGCCUGGCUAAGGCCUGAUGGCAAAACCCAGGUCACGGUUGAAUACCUCAACGAGGGAGGUGCCAUGGUUCCUGUACGUGUGCACACUGUUCUGAUCUCCACCCAGCAUGAUGAGACUGUCACCAAUGAUGAGAUUGCUGCGGACCUCAAGGAGCAUGUCAUCAAGCCGGUUAUCCCUGAGAAGUACCUGGACGAGAAGACCAUAUUCCACUUGAAUCCAUCAGGCCGCUUUGUCAUUGGUGGCCCUCAUGGUGAUGCUGGUCUUACUGGUCGCAAGAUCAUCAUCGACACCUAUGGUGGCUGGGGAGCACACGGAGGUGGUGCUUUCUCUGGCAAGGACCCAACUAAGGUUGACCGCAGUGGCGCCUACAGUGCCAGGCAGGCUGCCAAGAGCAUCAUUGCUAGCGGUCUUGCACGCCGCUGCAUUGUUCAGAUCUCCUACGCCAUUGGUGUGCCUGAGCCCUUAUCUGUCUUUGUUGACUCUUAUGGUACUGGCAAGAUCCCCGAUAAGGAGAUCCUCAAGAUUGUGAAGGAGAACUUUGACUUCAGGCCUGGGAUGAUCGGCAUCAACCUUGACUUGAAGAAGGGUGGCAACAGGUUCAUCAAGACGGCUGCUUAUGGCCACUUUGGCCGUGAGGAUGCUGACUUCACCUGGGAGGUUGUGAAGCCCCUCAAGUUUGACAAGGCCUCUGCUUGA